GGAUGUAGACCCUGAUGUAAAUAAGGAUGGCGAGGCCCGCGCGUCUAACGUGCCGCGUUAUCUCUGCUUGACAUCGGAACAUUUCUCGCCGCCGUCGGGAUUUAUUUCUUUGGCACGAAAAACAGAACGCGCGGUGCUUUUCUUUUUUAUUCCGUCGGAAUCUGCCUUGACAGCUCGCCCGAUGGUUUUCGUUUGACACAAGAGCCACGAGCAGACGGGCGGCUUCUCCUCAUAAACACUCGGGAAAAACGGGUCAUUAUGACCUUAGUAUCCUCCAGUAAAAGAAAACCAUCGGAUUGCUUUUACGCGGCAGCAUUCUGCUUGCUUUCCUCGCUUUGGAUUUCGUGCGCCGUGUCCGGAGAGGAGGAUCACCACUUCAGCGUUGAGGGAUGGCUACAGAGGUAUGGCUACCUUUCCCGCACAGAACCGGGAAUGUCUGUCCUGCGCUCGGCACAAACCUUGCACUCAGCCAUCGCUGCCAUGCAGCGUGUCUAUGGUCUCAAUGUCACAGGGACACUGGAUGAGAAAACCAAGGAUGAUAUCACGCUGAGUUGGAUGCAUAAGCCUCGCUGUGGAGUUCCGGACAAAUUCAAAAGUGCUUCGAGGUCGAGGUCGCGGCGAUAUGCACUGACCGGACAGAAGUGGCAGCGAACACACAUCACCUACAGCAUAAAAAAUGUCACGCCAAAGGUGGGCGCCCGGGAGACUCAUGAUGCCAUACGCCGGGCGUUUGACGUGUGGCAGGGUGUGACUCCCUUACGCUUCGAGGCCGUUCCGUACAGUGCCCUGGAGGCUGGCAGGCGUGACGUGGACAUCACCAUCAUCUUCGCUUCGGGUUUUCACGGGGACAGCUCGCCCUUCGACGGGGAGGGGGGAUUCCUCGCACACGCCUAUUUCCCCGGCCCAGGCAUCGGAGGGGACACACACUUUGACUCAGACGAGCCCUGGACCCUGGGGAACCCCAACCAUGAUGGUAACGACCUGUUCUUGGUUGCGGUUCACGAGCUGGGCCACGCCCUCGGUCUGGAGCACUCCAACGACCCCACGGCGAUCAUGGCUCCUUUCUACCAGUACAUGGACACAGAGAACUUCAAACUACCUCAAGAUGACCUGCAGGGCAUCCAGAAGAUCUACGGUCCACCAGACAGAGCACCGCAGCCUACCAGGCCCCCCCCCACAGUCCCGCCGCCUCGCUUCCACCCUCCCUUGGACCCCCGCAAGCAUGACCGCCACACCAGACCCCACCGCCCCCCACAAGGGUCCAAGCCCUCCAACCCCAACUCCAAACCCAACAUCUGCGAUGGAGGCUUCAACACCCUGGCCAUCCUGCGACAGGAGCUUUUUGUGUUCAAGGACCAAUGGUUCUGGAGAGUUCGAGAUAACUCGGUGGUCCCUGGUUACCCCAUGCAGAUCAACUCCUUCUGGAAAGGCCUGCCUCCCAAAAUUGAUGCCGUCUAUGAAAAUAGUGAAGGGAAAUUCGUAUUUUUUAAAGGAAACCGUUUCUGGGUCUUCAAGGACACAACCCUCCAGCCUUCGUACCCUCAGGACAUCUCGCUGUUCGGGAGCGGCAUGCCCACUCAGAGCAUCGAGACAGCUGUCUGGUGGGAGGAUGUCGCCAAAACCUACUUCUUCAAAGGAGACAGAUACUGGAGGUACAAUGAGGAUAUGAGGACCAUGGACCUAGGUUAUCCCAAACCCAUCACCAUCUGGAAGGGCAUCCCUGACUCUCCACAGGGGGCUUUUGUCGACAAAGCCAACGGCUACACUUACUUUUACAAGGGGAAGGAGUAUUGGAAGUUCAACAACCAGAUGCUUCGCGUGGAGCCCACCUACCCAAGGUCCAUCCUGAGGGACUUCAUGGGCUGCGACGGCCUCCCCGCAGAGCCCGACUGGGACUGGAGCCCCCCGGCGGCGGAGGAGCGCCACUACGACAGCGGCGACGUGGACGUCGUCAUCAAACUGGACAGCGUGGGGGGCACGGAGAAAGCAGUGGCCAUCGCCAUCCCCUGCGUCUUGGCGCUGUGCAUGAUGGUCCUCCUCUACACCGUUUUCCAGUUCAGGAGGAAGAGCACGCAGCGGCACAUACUGUACUGCAAGCGCUCCAUGCAGGAGUGGGUCUGAGGAUCUGACUGUUGCAUAGGGAGGGAUGUGAAGCUCUGAUAAAGGCCUAGCUAUUGCUCAAAGCCCUAAGUACUAUAAUUGGAGGCACUGUAAAGGGUGCAGUGCGUGAGGAUUGCCAUGUUGGCAGAUUUAAAAAAUUGCUUGUACGGAAAAAACGUGCAGGCUGCAAGGAGGCAAAAUGCUCAGCAGAACUCAGCUGAACCAAUGAGGGAGCCACAUGUCCCAUGUCCAGCUAAUAUGUAUGUAUCUGCUUCUUUCUGUAUCUUGGAAUGAACUCAAUUAAGUGAGACAGAGUUAAGCUCCUGUAAGUGGGACCUUUGUCUAUCCUCGUUUCUGCACGUCGCUUAAAAAGCCCCUGGCACCGACUUCAGUGGACAAAUUAGAUAUAGGCUUCUACUUUACCAUUUCUUAAUUAAAUCGCCCUGAGCUGUG